AUGGCGUCACUCUAUGUUGCCUCCGCGUCGUUCGCUCCCCUUGCUGCUCUUAGGGCCCCACUAGAUCGCCAUUCCCGAUACAAGCUAUCUCUCUCAAGCCUAACUUCCUCAUAUGGUGGCCUCCGCCUCUCCGCCGCGCCGACCUCCGCGGCGGCGCGCGGAAGCCGUCGCCCGCCAAGCCCGACUCUGCUCCGCGGCCCCUCCGCCUCCGCCAGCAGCAGCAGCAGCGGGACAAGCGGCGCCGAUCGCGGCGCGUCGGUGCUUAAAGACGCGCUGACGAUCUUCGGGUCGUCUAAGUCGGCGGCGGCGGUGGCGGCAGCGGAGAAGGGCCCACCGGCGCGGAAAGGGGAGGCCGCCGCGGCAGGAAUCGCGACGGGAGUGGCGGCGGGGAUUGCGGCGCAAGGCGUGCCGUUCGACCUGCGCCUGGCCGUGCUGCUGGGCGGAUUCGCGUUUGAGGCGUACUCGACUCCCACUGGAAGCGAUAAGCUAUCGGACGUGGACGGGCGGCAGUGCUCUGCUCUCUUCACCUCCACGCCAUUCGCCCACGAGCUCUUUCAAGGGCAGCUCUCCGUGCGCGCGAUUACGGCCACAGGCAACAUCAAGGCGCUCCAUGCUGAGCUGGCGCUGGUGACGUCAGCGGGGAAGGCAGCCACGUGGAAUGGCGUCGCUCACACCACCGUGAAGGCCCAAGACCAAAAGAAACCAUCAUGGCCCGAGCAACUGCAGCUGCUGGUGCCGCGUGCUGCUGCAUCUGACACCUUCCUUCAGAUCACCUUUCACAGCAAGGAUGACGAUAAAGAUUCCGACGAGGAUGAUUGUGUGGUUGGCACGGCCACCAUUGCUCUCACUGACCUGAUCAAAGACACCCGGAUUCGCGAUGUCGUGGCUAAGGUGACUUGGGACGGCAAGCCGACAGGAAAUGUCACCAUGGAGGUGGACUAUUCAAGCUUCUCUGGCCCAAGCGACAGCUUCGAGCCUCUCCCCAUCCUCCAGAGGCUUCUCAGCACGCCUCUUCCCACGUCGGCCUUUCAACCAUCGGCCACUCUUUCUCGAGGCAGCACCGUCAAGAAUAAUGCCACAGCUGCUGCCACUGCCACUGCUGCAGCAGCAGCAGCAGCAGCAGCAGCAGGGCAAGUGUCCGCUGUAAAAACGGGGGAAGAUUCAAAAACUGAAGCUGAAGCAGCAGCCUAUGGGCUCUCCCUCCCAGACCAACGGGCAGUUGAAGCUCUUUUUGCCACAGGAGCCAAUAACGUGACACUCGCCGCCUGGGAAAACCUUUCCCGGGCAGCUGCGGGCGGGCAGACGGAAUAUUUCAAAUCGGCGUUUGAGUGCGUGUGCUUCUUGAGCAGUGGCGAGUCGGACACUCAGGUGGGCGUGUGGAGGGACAAGGACGCCCGGAGGAAGAGGCUGGUGGUGUCAUUCCGAGGCACUGAGGUGGUCAAUGCGGCCAUGCUGAAAGACGGACAGGCAGGUCAGAAGAUCAAGGACGCUCUGACUGACCUGAGGCUGCACAAGGAGAACUUUGACUCAGACUUAACUGACGAGGACAACAAGAUGGACAUCAAGGUGCAUGACGGCUUUCUGGAUGGCUACAAGUCCGUGAAGCCGCGGCUCCUUCUGCUGCUCAAAUCUAUUCUCGCAUCCUCUAGCGAAAAGUAUCACAUCAUGGUCACGGGGCACAGCCUGGGGGGAGCUCUCUCCACGCUCUUCACAUACGACCUUGCCCAGUCAGACAUUAAGAAGCAGCACGGAUUCAACCUCUCUCUCUACAACUUCGGCUCGCCCCGUGUUGGCAACCAUGCCUUUGCAGCUCGCUUUAACCAGCUUGUGGGUGACAGCUGGCGCAUCGCCAAUGACCAUGAUAUAGUGCCGCGUGUCCCCUACGUGUUCUACAAGCACGUGGCCACAGGGGUGGUGCUUCGACCCGACUCGCAGAAGUUGGAAAAGGUGGGUGGGAGUGGACACGUGGCCACGGGGGUGGUACUUCGGCCCGACUCACAGAAACUGGAAAAGGUGGGUGGGAGUGGAGUGAGUAGCACAGCUGUCAGUAGCACAAAGGUGGGUGGGAGUGCAGUGAACAGCGUUGCCAACGACCAUGACAUAGUCCCACGUGUGCCGUACGAGUUCUACAAGCACGUGGCCACGAGGGUGGUGGUCCGGCCCGACUCCCAGAAACUGGACAAGGUGGGUGAGUGCAGUGAGUAG